AUGAGCGAUCUCUGGUGUGUCUUUACAGAGAAGCUGAAGGCCGCAGGGUACACUCUAGAUGACUUGACCGGCAACGACAGUUUAUUCCAACUUGUCGCGGAGGAGAUUUGCAACUUCACCCCUCAACAAGUGGGCGAGCUUCAGAAGGAAUGGCGGUUGUACAAAAUACGCAAAGCAGAUGUAGGAAGAGGCGGUGUGGCUCGGUUAAGCAGUGCAGUGGAGGUUAUGAGGCAUAGUCCCUCAGCGGAUGUCCCUACAGCUUCGCUGAGUGCCUUCAAUGUCUACCCAACAGCUGUUGUACUCUCGCGUGCCAGUAUAUUCCUCUCUAAUAUGAGCGAAGGUGGGGCGCAAAUGUUACCCUCAACAGUUAAGGAGAUCCCCGCUACGCGUAAGAUUGUUCAAGCUUUCCGCGAGCGAUUGGCCACACUACAUAGACCCACAGGAGGUGUUGAACUCAUGUGGAAGUUAUGUAGCCCAAAGACUCUGGCUAACAUCAAAGAGGGACGUUUAUUUGAGAUGGCGGAUGAUAGGGACGCGCUUUGCUCUAGUGGCAUUGUCCUUUACCGUGAUAAUGGAAUUGCGGUGCACACUCUCGAGGAUCGGCCAGCAGAACUUAUACGCCGCGGCUGGUGUCUUGUUGCCUUUGACGCCGCGGUUGGCAAGUCACGUCGCCUAGGGGAAGAUGAAGUCCGACUUUUGCAGCAUUUUCCAAUAGAAGAGUGCUUCAAGUCUCUAAACAAUGAUGGGUACGACAGUAUUCGUGUGGCUUCUUGUGGUGCCUUUGUAUUUUUUCACUUUCAUCAGUUUGUCCCGCGGUUUAUUGUGACUAUCGAAGGAUGUGAUGCUCGUCAGCUGAACUACUCCAAUGUAACAGAUGGCACGGACUCUUCAAGGACAAGCAAGACUCAAAAGUUACAACGGCAGGACGAUCCCAAGAAAGACUUUGGAAGAGUAAGAGAAGAAGCAAAUAGGCAACGUGGUGCGAUUGGCUCUCCACAGAAGCCAUCCACUAAUUUCAAUCAUGAUUUGAUUGUGAACUGUCCCAAACACCUGGGUAAGGAGGUGGAAUUUUGGUGCCCAGAUGAGAAAAAACUCUUGUGCAGUCAUUGUCUUUUUUAUGAGGGUUAUACCAAAGAAAAUUGCAUGUUGCUGGCUGAUGCAGUGCAGCAUGAGGCACAAAGACUGGAGAUGUGGGUCCAAAAUGCUGUGACGUUUACAAAUGAAGUUGGCACUGUGACGGAGCUUUUUCGUUCUGCCGAAAGGGAUAUCGAGAGAUGCGAACAAGAACGGAUUGAAGAGUUGCGUGAAGAAUUUAAACGCAUACAUGCGAAGUUGAACACUUUAGAAGGAGAGCUCCUUGCACAGGUGGAGGGCAGGAGCGCACGGCAACGGCAAACCUUGGAAAACUGUUUUGGCGAUGUCAAAGCGACGGUUGAAAAGGUUAAGGAGCUUAUUGGUGACGCCCAAGGUCCCCUUUCUAAAUAUCGUCAAGGGGUUAUCGACCAAGAGUCCGCAGCAGCCUUUUUACGCGUGACGCAGUCCGCGUUUGGCGAAUGGCGUGCAGUACCCAUUCCAAUUUACACGGUGGUGAGCGGAUGGGGGCGGAAUCUUUUCAAGGAGUUGGAGAAUGCCCUGGGGCCCGUUUCUGCCAUCGAAAGCGCGGGGCAAGUGGAGUUGCCGGAGGCCAUUGAUGUCAAUUACCUCAAAAAUUAG